AUGGUUCUCUCAACGGCAGAAAAAUCGUAUAUAUACGAGUCGCUUUCGGGCGAAAACACUCUUCGAACAGACUCCAGAAAGUACAACGAGUUCCGUCCGUUGAAGGCGGCGUGCUCGUUCGUGCCCAACUGUAACGGAUCUUCAAGAGUCUACACAGCUGAUGGAAUAGAGUGUAUUACCAGUGUCAAAGCAAAAGUGGUGAAAACAAAGGAUUUGGCCAAUUUGAUUGCCGUGGAAGUGGAUAUUGAAGGUCAACGUGAUAACUCGGCUCUUUGUCUCGAUCUUUCUGCAUUACUACAGCGAUCCCUAGUGAAUAACUUUGACUAUGAGAUACUUCGACUAACAGACAAAUAUUACUUCCAAAUCUACGUCGAUGUGCUCAUUCUUUCCGUUCCAGGAGACUUCAAGAACUCGUCAUACACUCUGUACUCUCUGCUUUCGCUAAUAUCGAUGGGAUCCUAUUUGGCAUUGAAAUCUUGCAAAUUACCAUUACUCACAUCCACCACAAACGACCGCGAAAUCGAGGAAGAACCCUCGUUUGCCGACGACUGGGAGCUCGCCACAGACCUGAUCCCGGAAUCAUCCGAGUUCCAGCCCGUGCUUGUGUUUGUGGUGGGACUGGUGGGCUCGAACGUCAUUAUUGAUCCAUCUUUGGACGAAGAACAGGUAUUGGAAAACGGUGUUUGUAUUGGAUACAGCCAGGGCAACAUCGUGCCUCCAAUCCAGUCGGUGGCUCUGUCCACGGUGGACGGGAAACCUUUUGAUCGCAAAACCCUCGCAAAGGCUACUGGAUUGGUGAAAGAGAUCGGGCAGCCAGUGACUCAGGCCCUGGAUGCUAUUCUCUCUGAAGAAGUUGACGAAUACGGGAGCGUGUUCUAA